AUGGACGAUAAUGUUGGCAACAUUGACAAUGUUGAAGAGGUCGAUAAAGAAGCACUCUUGCGUGUUUUGAAGCGUAACUGGGCAAAAGGCGCUCGCCUUGCUUUUCUAGAGAGCUACAUCGACGACUACAAAACUGUGCUUUUGUUGAAAAAGGCUCCCGGGGUUCUUGACGGCAUCGUCAAUGCAUGGUUCACUCGUUUUCACUGGACAAUCCCCCUCUCCGCCGAAUCUGAUCUGCCCAAGACGACCCUACCUGUCGGUCCUGAUGGAUGCGAAAUCUUAUCGAAAGAAAAUAAGAAGUUGAAGGCUGAGGUUGUUGAGCGCACACGAACUUCACUCUACGGCUGGUUCGAGUACCGGUGUAAGAAGACUGUCAAGCUCCCACACUGCGGAGGCAAGGACCCAAUGUCCAUUCUCGUAUCGAGACUCUUGGGUCAUGACAGUACCCCACCGAAGCGAAGCGCGCCAUGGGAGGCAUGGGCCAAGGUGCACUUUCCUGAAAUGAAAGCCACCUUCGACGCGGAGUUCAAGCAGAGCGGAAAACCCAAAAACUUACUUGCCUCUGCUCGCAAUGAGUUCAAAAUGGCGGCAUUCAAACGACUCGACGAUGCCGAACGCCAGCACUGGGAGGAGAUAGUACAGCAGGAACAUCUUGAACACAAGAAGCACCUCGAAAAUUUGGAGGGAGAGGAGGGGCUGAUGGAUCCUGAGGCUGCUCAAGAAGUUCUUGAUCGCCUUCCUAACCUUUUGGGACUGCUCAUUCAGAUCAUAGGAGAGGCGAUCGGCAUGAACUUGUCGGUGUUGAUUGGGGGACCUGAGCCGAAGAAAAAGGGUCAGCUGAACAUAAUUGGUAUCCACCAUGGUUGUAACCUCGCACCGUCACCAAAGCUUUGGCCCUUCGCCGAGAAGGAGAAGUGGGAUGUCGCUAAGCGAGCGUUUUUGGGUUUUGUUUCGACCUGUUACACUAUGGAACAGCAACGCGCACGGGCACUCAUUCCAUCCUCUGAACCCCCCACUGCAGGACCAUCAACGUCAUUCACUUCAGACUCUCCACCUUCAUCUACCCCGCCGUCACCCACACCCUUGCCUAUGCCCUCUGCCCCGACUUCCCACUCCACGGACUUGAAAACACGACGCAAGCGAAAGGCUGGGAAAAGUACAAAGAAUCCGGCAAAGAAGGCAAAGAGGGCACGGAUAUCAAAGAAGGGGAAGAGCUUGGCAGUUACGUCCAAUGGGUCAAAUCCAUCUGAUUCCGGCGCUGAGGAGCCUCCCACCGACGAUGAGGAAGACGAUGGCAAGAGCAACAACAGCGACGACGGUGACGAUGAGAGCGGUGCUGUCGAGGGAGAGGUUCCAGCCCUCAGGACCAGGUCGGGGAGGAGAACUGGCAAGACAUCGCAUUAA